AGGAAGACAUGUCAAGAGUCUUGGCAUUGCGCUACCUCCUGAGCACACGCUGUAGGGAUGCUCAGACCCAGAAUGGAGACCCAACAUUAUCUCCCCACGCUUUAGACGAAACCAGCGAGGGGAGCCUGGGGCCAGCUCACUGAUUUGUCAGCAAGGCUGUUGGCUUUUAAAACUAGACAGGAAGGAAGGUUGAGGUGGAGCCCCGCACCGGAAGAGCGAGGAGCUGAGCUGCAGUGACAGUGGGUGCAGGAUGUGGUGGGUCUGUCACUCCUCACCCUGGUGUCAUCAGUGUGGUAAACUCCCCUCACCCCUUCAGAGAAGGUUUCCUCAGCUGUGGACAGACCAAGCCCCCAGACUCAGCUGGUCUGCCACUGAUUACCCGAGGCAUCCCACCACAACCAUGGCCUCCUGCCUCCUGGAGCAGAGCUGAGCCCAGGAGCAUGCAGAUGGAGCUCCCUGGGCCCCGACUCCAGCACCCUGGAGCAGCACCAAAGGCAGGGAGGGUAACCAGAUGGAAACCUGACUGCUGCCCUCCCAGACUGGCUGCUUCCCGCCUGCCUCCUGUUGGGUUCCUUGCUUAUAACAGCAUCACUGUUGCCAGGUCACGAAUGAGGAAACCACGGUGUAGAGAGAGGGCACAGCCUGCCCGGGGUCACCCAGUGGCAGAGCCAGAGUCCAGACCUCCCAGUCUUGCUCUCUUGGCCCCGCAUCUCUGUGAUUAGUUUUCCUGGCUAGGAAGCAACAGAGGUCCACCAGGCAGCAGUCUGGAGUCAGUCCUCACAGCUCCUGGCUGCAGUCUCAGACUCCAUGAGGAAGCAAGAGCUGAGGACUGAUGGAGAGACAUGCCUGGCCCCCAGUGCUGGCUCCCCAGCUGAGCAGGUGAAGGCCCUUGUGGAUCUGCUGGCUGGGAAGGGCUGUCGGGUACUACAGACCCCUAACAAAAUGCCAGACUCCCCCCUGGGACCCCAUAGCAAUGACUCAAGGAUACGGAGGCACAGUGAGGUCCUGCUGAGCAGGGUGGGAAAUGACCCAGCACUGGGCAGCCCCUCCCACCGCCUGGCCAGCCUCCUGCUGGUGGAGGGCCUGACAGACCUGCAGCUCAGGGAGCAUGACUUCACACAGGUGGAGGCCACACGGGGGGUCUGGCACUCUGCCAGGGCCAUCACCCUGGAUAGGCUCUUCCUGCCUCUGUCCCGGGUGUCCAUCCCACCUCGAGUCUCGGUCACCAUUGGAGUGGCCGGCAUCGGCAAGACUACUCUCGUGAGGCAUUUCAUUCGUUGCUGGGCCAGAGGACAAGUGGGCAAGAAUUUCUCACUGGUUCUGCCCUUGACCUUUCGGGAUCUUAAUGCCUAUGAGAAGCUGUCUGCGGACAAACUCAUCCACUCCAUCUUCCCAAACACUGGAGACAGUAAUCUGGUGGUAACAGCCCCAGACAGAGUCCUCCUGGUCCUGGAUGGCUUGGAUGAGUGUAAGACGCCCCUGGAAUUCUCCAAUACCGUGGCCUGCACAGACCCAAAGAAGGAGAUCCAGGUAGACCACCUGAUCACUAACAUCAUCCGAGGCAACCUCUUUCCAGAAAUUUCUGUCUGGAUCACCUCCCGUCCCAGUGCUGCUGGUCAGAUCCCUGGGGGCCUCGUGGACCGGAUGACUGAGAUUCGGGGCCUUACUGAGGAAGAGAUCAAAGUGUGUCUGGAGCAGAUAUUUCCUGAGGACCCGACCCUCUUAGGCCAGGUGCUGAGUCAAGUAAAGGCCAACAGGGCUCUGUACCUGAUGUGCACUGUGCCAGCCUUUUGUAGGCUCACGGGGCUGGCCCUGGGUCACUUGUACCACAGCAAGCUGCCUGUCCCGGACCCAGAGCCGAUGCUGCCUCAGACCCUGUGUGAGCUCUACUCUUGGUACUUUAGGAUGGCCCUUGGAGGGGAGGGGCAGGACAAGGGAAAGGUAAGUCCUAGGAUUGAGCAGGUGGCCCAGGGAGCUCGCAAAAUGGUGGGGACAUUGGGCCGCCUGGCCUUCCAUGGGCUGGUCAGGAAGAAGUACGUGUUUUAUGAGCAAGACAUGAAGGCAUUUGGCGUGGACCUCGCUUUGCUGCAGAGCGUGCUGUGCAGCUGUCUCCUGCAACGGGAAGAGACUCUGGCCUCCUCGGCAGCUUAUUGCUUCACUCACCUGUCUCUGCAAGAAUUUGUGGCAGCCACAUAUUACUACAGUGCAUCCAAGAGAGCCAUCUUUGACCUCUUCACCGAGAGCGGCAUGUCUUGGCCCAGGCUGGGUUUCCUCGCGCAUUUCAGGUGUGCAGCCCAGCGGGCCACACAAGCUAAGGAUGGGAGGCUGGAUGUGUUCCUGCGUUUCCUCUCUGGCCUCCUGUCUCCAAGGGUUAAUACUCUGCUGGCCGGCUCCCUGCUGGCCCAAGGCGAGCACCAGAGCUACCGGGCCCAGGCGGCUGAGGUCCUGCAGGGCUUGCUGCGUCCUGACCUUGCAGUCUGUGCUCGAGCCGUCAAUGUCCUGUACUGCCUGCACGAGCUGCAGCACACAGAACUGGCCUGCAGUGUGAAGGAGGCCAUGCAGAGUGGGACCGUGGCUGGGCUCAGCGGCCCCUCGCAUCGCACUGCUCUGGCCUACCUCCUGCAACUGUCCGAGAUCUGCUCCCGGGAGGCCAGCUUGUCCCUGUGUCUCAGCCAGAGUGUCCUCCAGAGCCUGCUGCCCCAGCUGCUCUAUUGCCGGAGUCUCAGGCUGGACAACAACCAGUUCCAGGACCCUGUGAUGGAAUUGCUGGGCAGUGUGCUGAGUGGGAAGGACUGUCGCAUUCAGAACAUCAGCCUGACUGAGAACCAGAUUGGUAACAAAGGAGCCAAAGCUCUGGCCAGAUCCCUCCUGGUCAACAGAAGUCUCAUCACACUAGACCUCCGGGGUAACUCCAUUGGACCACAGGGGGCUAAGGCCCUGGCAGAUGCUCUGAAGAUAAACCGAACACUAACCUCUCUAAGCCUCCAGAACAAUGUGAUCAAGGAUGGUGGUGUCGUGUGCAUGGCCGAGGCCCUGGUCUCCAACCAGACCAUCUCCAUACUACAGCUGCAGAAGAACCUAAUUGGGCCAGUGGGAGCCCAGCAGAUGGCAGAUGCCCUGAAGCAGAACAGGAGUCUGAAGGAACUCAUGUUUUCCAGUAAUACCAUUGGGGAUGGAGGUGCCAUGGCCCUGGCUGAGGCCCUGAAGGUGAACCAGGGCCUGGAGAACCUGGACCUACAGAGCAAUGCCGUCAGUAACGCUGGGGUGGCAGUACUGAUGCGAGCCCUCUGUGUUAACCGGACCCUGUCUAGUCUCAGCCUACGAGAAAACUCCAUCAGCCCGGAGGGAGCCCAGGCCCUCGCUCAAGCUCUCUGUAUGAACAACACUCUGAAGCACCUGGAUCUGACAGCCAACCUCCUCCAUGACCAAGGUGCCCAGGCCAUUGCGGUAGCAGUAGGAGAAAAUCACUCCCUCACACACCUUCACCUGCAGUGGAACUUCAUCCAGGCUGGUGCAGCCAGGGCCCUAGGACAAGCACUUCAGCUGAACAGGACCCUGAGAACCUUAGACUUACAGGAGAAUGCCAUAGGGCAUGAAGGAGCCUCGGCAGUGGCUGCGGCCCUGAAGGUGAACACAGCCCUCACCGCUCUCUACCUACAGGUGGCCUCCAUUGGCACCCAAGGAGCCCAGGCACUUGGGGAGGCCCUGGCUGUGAACAGAACCUUGGAGAUUCUUGAGCUUCUUGCUUGCCCUGACAGCUUACGAGGAAAUGACAUCGGGGUAGCUGGUGCCAAGGCCUUGGCAAAUGCUCUGAAGUUAAACUCCACUCUCCGAAGACUCAAUCUCCAGGAGAACUCACUGGGGAUGGACGCGGCCAUAUAUGUUGCUGCUGCACUGUCUGAGAACCAUGGUCUGCAUCAUAUUAAUCUCCAGGGGAAUCCCAUUGGGGAAUCUGGUGCCAGGAUGAUCUCAGAGGCUAUCAAGACAAAUGCUCCCACAUGCACUGUGGAAAUGUAAGGGAAGUAAGAUCCUGGUGAACCAUGCAGAGACUCAACUGGAAGCUUUUGAUCAGCGUGACCUCUAUUUCUGCAUAAUUUCCUGGAACCUGAAUGCUGCUGAACCAGCUCUCAAGCUGGUCUCCUGAACAGAGGAAGGAAGGGCACUUCCAGCAGAGGUCACAGCCAUCUUUCCUCCCCAGGGUCAGUCAGGGGGAAGAUGGAUACUCGUGACAGCAUAGAGGAGGGAAGGAGCCGCCACCAAGGGGCACUCAAGAGACAAAAUCUCAACGCUCCACAAAGUAGGAAGCUGGUCCUGGGUUAUUCAUACCCUGGGGUCUUCAGAGUCCCAACUUAAAACCAAAACAACAACAACAAAACCAACUGUGUUUCUGCCCUGUGCACUCUCAUGGUUAACAGCAUUAGUCUUAAAUCCAGCUGCAGUCUUCAAGCCCAUUAAGGACAUUAGCUUGGCAAAGGUGAUAAUGGGCCCAUUUUUUCUCUUCUCAAGAGAAGAAAAAAGUUUUGGGGUGUGACCCUUAGAUACAUAUGGAGAAAAUAUGAGAAAUUUGUGAAGACAAAUGAAAGGUUAAUUCUGAGAUUCUGCGUUCUUCUGUAAGAUCUCUCAGACACCUAGAAUGGCCUGCCGUAUUUGGAGUCCAGCACACUGGCUAUCCAUUGUAAAUUAAGUGUUGAUACCCUGAUGCCAUUAUCCUGUAUUUGGGCAUCCAAAACCUCUGCGGUGGCCAUGGCUUCCCCUGGGAGACAGACAAGCUGUGCUUCCAUGUGGCAAAUGCCCUCCAUUGUCUGGUUCAAACAGGAAAACCUAAAUGAACUUUACAGAUCUCAAGUAAGCCACUAAGAUAAGUGCUUAUAAAGACCAUAAAGUGGGUUGAGAAUGGUGGCACACGCCUUUAAUUCCAGCCCUCGGGAGGCAGAGGCAGAUGGAUCUCUGUGAGUUCAAGACCAGC